AUGUUGAUACAGGGAAAGAGAGGGAAACGGACACGAGUAUUGGAAGAGGAAGGUAAUGAAAAUGGUGAGCAACUGGAGAUUGGAGAAAUCGCCGCUAAAUUUGGCGUAUUCUUCGGGGCUGCCCUUAACACGGGUCUCUUUGACUACGUUUGGGUUCAGUUUUAUAACAACCCGCAAUGCCAAUACACGCCAGACGACACCAAGAACCUCUUGAAUUCGUGGAACCAGUGGACUUCAUCUAUAAACGCGGACAAUAUAUUUCUAGGGUUGCCUGCGACACCGGCGACGGCCGGAAGCGGGUAUAUUCCGCCGAAUGUGUUGACUUCUCAGAUUCUUCUGGUUAUCAAGAGAUCAUCAAACUAUGGCGGCGUUAUGCUUUGGAAUAAGUUCUUUGAUGAUAGAAAUGGUUACAGUGCCUCCAUUGCAGCUAGUGUGUAA